ACACACACACACACACACACACACACAAGUCAUCACUGACUUGACUAAUGUGUAGUUGUGACCUGAAGUCGAGUUAGUCAAGCAUAACUAGUCAUUACCCAAGUGUAAGUCUGUACUAAUAUCAUAACACACUACAACGUAUUGGUUCAUUACACAGUUCACUUGACACGUCUGUUCUUCUCCUCUGCCUUCACCCAUUUCUUCAAUCCAGCUUUUUUUUUUUCGUUUCAUUUCAGUUUUUUUUCCUUUUCUUUCUUUACUUGUUUCCCUUGAAAUAACUUGCGGCUUCAUUACCAUAUAUGAGACUCUCUCUCCUUAUAAAUGACACCGACAAAACGUUGGAGGUAAUACAACAGCAAAAAUAACAGCAACAACAACAACAACAACAACAAGUUUCUGGGCGGAUAAGUUGAUCAAGACAAGGAAAUAAUUCUGUCACAACCAUACUAAUAUCGACGAUGAUCGUACCUGUUUUAAAAUAUUUACUUUUGUUAAACAGCAGCAGAUAAAUCUAGGACAAACACACAUUCCAGAAAAAAAAAAAAAACAAUAAAUAAACCAGACUUUUAAAAUUUAUUUACAAUCGCAGUAAAAUCUUUAUUAACUUUAAAGCACAAACAUGGACAGUAAGCUUGAUUUCAUCGUCAUUGACAAUGGAUCGGAUACCUGCAAAGCUGGGUUUCGAGAUGACACUACACCAAAGACAGUGACCCCUUCAGUUGUGGCUUAUUCCAAAAAUGAGGUGGAAAGUGGAUACAAAGACGGUUAUGUUGGAAAUGACGUUAAAAGCAAGAAAGGAGACCUUACCUUAAAGUACCCCAUUGAACGUGGUAUCAUAACCAACUGGGAUGAUAUGGAAAAGAUUUGGCAUCAUAUAUUCAACAACGAGUUGAACGUUUCACCUGAAGAACACCCUGUCUUUAUGACCGAGACUGUUUAUAACCCUAAGGUCAACAGAGAAAAGAUGACGAAAAUUAUGUUUGAAAAAUUUAACAUCCCUGGCAUGUAUGUAGGUAUGCAGCCUGUAUUGUCCCUUUAUGCUUCUGGUCGUACGACAGGCAUUGUUAUUGAGUCAGGGUAUGGCGUCACCCAUAUUGUCCCCAUCUAUGAUGGGUACACCCUGGCUCAGGCAGUCACGCGUCUUGAUUUUGCUGGUAAAGACUUGACAGAUUACCAGAGAAAGAUCUUAGUUAAUCGUGGCUUAACUUUUGCAUCAACUGCUGAGAGAGAAACCAUUCGAAAUAUCAAAGAAAGUGUAUGCUAUGUUGCCAUAGACUACGAACAAGAAAUGAAAACUGCAAACUCCUCUUCAUCUCUGGAAAAGAGUUAUACGUUGCCCGAUGGACAAGUCAUCUCUAUGAAUCAAGAAAGGUUCCAAGCGGCAGAAGCUUUGUUCAAGCCAUCUUUAAUUGAUGUCGAAUCUACUGGUAUUCAUCAAGCAACUUACAAUUCAAUCAUGAGGUGUGAUAUCGAUGUUAGGAAAGAUAUGUAUGCCAACGCUGUAUUAUCCGGUGGUUCCACAAUGUACCCAGGUAUUGCUGAUCGUUUACAGAAGGAAGUCAGUGAUCUUGCACCACCCACCAUGAAAAUUAAGGUCAUUGGUCAACAAGAUCGUGAAAACUUUGCAUGGAUUGGUGGUACUCUGUUACCUUCUCUGUCCACUUUUGAAAAACAGUGGAUUACCAAGCAGGAGUACGAUGACGCUGGUCCACAAAUCGUCCACAAAAAAUGCUGUCAGCCGAUAAUAGAUAACGAAUAGAUAUUGUUAAUAGUCUAAAAUGCUUGGUUAGUAUGUAUAUAUAUACAUACAUACAUACAUAUAUAUAUAUAUAUAUAUAUAUAUGCAUACACGUACACGUAACUAAUUAAUUUAACUAUUAUACAUAAAUAAUAGUAAAAUUAAGGGCACCAUAUUCUGCUCGCAAUUUUCAAACUAGGAUCUAUUGAGGCUACAAUAACCUAGUUAUUAAGAGGGUCGUAAUUCCGCUCUAAACCCAUUUGUUACCAUAAAGCAUGAAUGAAUAAUUGCUUAAAACAUAAUCUGAACAGGAGAUUAAAAAUACCAUAACUUUAAGAAAAAUAUUGGCUAAGCUUUCUUUAUACUUUCUUUUGACGUGUUUCUUUUUUUUUUUUUUAAUAAUUUUCUUAAGCAACUGAGUUGUAAUGCCUGAAGAGGGUUCGUGCGUGUUAUGUAUGUGCGUGGGUGUGUGUGCAUGUGGAUGCAGACGUGUGUGUCUACUGCAUGUGUAUGCGGACGUGUCUAUCUCUAGCAUGUAUAUACAAGAUGUUUUCCUAGCUUAAUGUUAGCAAUUGAGUAUUCAUCUUUUGGGAUCUCAAUACAGUUACUGAAUAUAUAUUUUCUUCCCCAGUUUUUUUGUUACUAAUAAAUGAUGAUUUAGCCUUUACAUAUUUAAUGCAGGGGAAGUAAAAAAAGUUAACUAGAAAUUAUUAUAUUAGUAAGAUAAAACAAUAUCGUUCAUCGACUGAUAUUGUUUUUUGAAUUAUUCACGAAGUAUGGGAGACAGCUUCAGAGAUGUAACGAUCUCAUAACAUCGUCAUUGUCUUACAUAAUAAAGAAGCGACAGGAGAAUCUA